AUGACUGCUCUCCAUCGCCUGCCGCAGCCCUUGCGUCUUGAGAAUCUACGGGGCUCUUGUUUGAGUCGACCGGUUCGACGACCUGCGCCCCGCGUGCUCUUCGUGCGGAGCUUCACGGCGCAACGAAGCUUGAAGGCUGCGUCGCCCAGCUCCAACACGCCCUCCUCCGGCCGCAAGCACAUUACCGUCGUGAAUGACGACGGUCGCGUACGAUGGGGGGCCCUCAGUAAAACAGAGAAGGUGGCUCGGACGACACAGCAGACGUUCAAUCUAGGGAUCGUACUGCUAGGAGUAGUGAUGACGGGCGCCGUCUUCGCCCUCCUCUACACCGAAGUCUUCUCCCUCGACAGCAAAACCGCCCACUUCAACCGUGCCACGGACCAGAUCCGGCGCGACAAGCGCUGCGUCGAGCUACUCGGUGACUCGAAACACAUAAAGGCUUAUGGAGAGCCGAGCUGGAGCCGGUGGGCUAGGAAUAGGAUUAUCGCAUCGUCGACCGAGAAGGAUCGAUGGGGGACGGAGCAUCUGCGGAUGCAUUUCUAUGUCGAGGGCCCGAAAAAUCAGGGGGUGGUUAAUAUCCAUAUGACGAAGAGGCCGAGUCAGAAUGAGUAUGAGUAUAAGGUGCUGGCUGUGGAUGUGAAGGGUGAGUGGACCCUCUUCGGGGGCUUUGGUCACUUGUUCGGUGUUUAUUAA